AUGCACAUGUCAUUGGAUCAAAUAUAUGAGAAAUUAAAUGCAACAAUUCAAAGUAUUAAAACGAGCAAGGACCAAGCAUUAGCAUUACUACAAAUAGAGAUUGAAAAAUGGAAGGGAAUUGAUAUUACAUAUCGCAAACUUGUCUCCGAAAAUGUGGAAUUACGUAAGAUACUUGCAGAGACUGAUAAAUUUGAUGAAAACGGUCAUGAUGAAAUGGGCAGCGAAAGAAUCAACAAUAAGGAUUUUAGUGAAAUACUAAGUAAUCGCACACAAUCAAUAAGCUCAGCAAAUACCAUCCCCGACGUAUUUUUUGAUGCUGAAGACAUUGUUUUAACUGGAGACCCUUCGACAACAGAUAGUGAUUUGUCCAAUAUUGAAAUUAGCGAUGAAGAAAGUGAAAUAGAGACUAUAAUGAAAGGUUCAGUUAUCGAACAGGAGGUUGAAGCUCCUGCCGAAGAUGUGGCGGUCAUUGCUGUUGAUCGAAAAAUAUCUGUUCGAAGGAGGAAAGUCCUCCCUUCACCGGUUUGUGGUGAUGAUAAAUUGGCAGAGGACUUGGAAUACAGCGAGUUGCUAGAUAAAGCUUCUACCAUUGACGACACGAUAAUGAGAUUAAUAUACGUGUCGGCAUUCGCGGUAUCUGGAUAUUCAUCUACGUACUAUCGAGCUAGUAGGAAACCUUUUAAUCCACUUCAUGGAGAAACAUAUGAAUUAGUUCGUCCGGAUAAAGGUCCAAAUCAACUAAAGGUAAUCUGGAAGGCCAACUCACCCAUACCUGAUUAUGAACAAUAUUAUGGAUUCACACAAUUUUGUGUGGAACUGAAUGAGUUGACACCGGAUAUUGUGGAAUAUUUACCCAACACCGAUACACGGUUUAGGCCUGAUCAAAGAUUAUUUGAGGAGGGCAAUUUGGCAGAUGCCGAGGCAGAAAAGAUUAGGUUGGAACAAAAACAACGAGACUUUCGAAAAGAGCUCGAGUCGAAAGGUCAAACGUGGAUGCCACAAUGGUUCAAACUGGAAAAUGACGAGUGGAUAUAUAAGGGGGGAUAUUGGGAGAUGCGAGAGAACAAGUCAUUCGUAAAGAGAAUUGAAUUAUGGUGA